AUGUCAGCUCUGCUUCUUGCAUUUUCUCGUCACAGCGUGAAAGCUCUCCUUUUGGACGACAAUCCAAGCCCUGCAAGCACACAACCAAAAUUGCCAAAAACUACUGCAGCAGUUAGUCCUGUCUUACAAAAUACUGCAAAAAGAUGGCUUAGGUUUGAUAGUGAUGCAACUAAAAAUCCAGCUCCUAAAAAUAGGCCAGAGACCUCAGCAGCUAAAGUAACGCCAUGGUUGAGCAGCACUAAUGGCACAAAACUAGAGAAGUCAUCGUGGUUGCCGGACAGUAGAUCAACUGCUACAGCUACAGCUAGCGAAGCCUCCAAGACCAUGAAAAGGUCAGGCAGCUAUGACAGACUUCCAGCAAAGGAAAACCAACCCUCAUACGCCUUCAAAGGGAACACGGUGCGAGGUGCCAAAAGAAAAGCAUUGCCAGGGCAAACCUGUGAUAAUUGUGAGGAAUACUACAAAUCUGCUGGAUUGGAGGGAAUAGUAAAUAAAUGUUCUCGCCACAGGGCAGAGCAUCCAAGAGUCCGCACUCCUAAAGGUAUGUGGGAUCUAGACUUCCCAACCACUCCGGAAUUGCGAGCAAGGCAAGCAGCACUGCCAUCUCCUGAUCCACAAUGGUGA